AUGGAAACAGUUGCCCUAAAACCAUUCGCUAGCAAGGUUAUUGCCGUCACCGGCGCUGCCAGCGGCAUAGGCCGUGCUGUUGCAGUCUAUCUAGCUCAAAGGGGGGCCUCGUUGGCAAUAUCUGACGUCCAGAGCGGUCCUUUGACCCAGCUGGCUGCGGAACUGUCUGCCACCAAUGCCGACAUUCGUGUUGAACCCACAGUUGUCGACGUCAGCAAAUCCGACCAAGUGCGCGAUUGGAUCGAGAAAACGGUGCGCGACUUCGGCAGGCUCGAUGGUGCGGCUAACAUUGCCGGGACGGGACAAUCUUACCAAACACGCCUCGCGGAGGAGACUGACCAGCAUUGGAACAAGAUUCUCGAUAUCAACCUGUCGGGCACGAUGUUCUGCCUGCGGGAGGAGCUCAAGCAUUUAGAAGAGGGAGGCUCCAUUGUUAAUACGUCUAGCGUUCUCGGCAUGAGGAGUUCCAUUUUCAUGGGAGAUUCUGCCUACGUCGCCAGCAAACACGCCAUUCUGGGUCUUACGAGGAACGCGGCAAGAGAAUAUGGCCAUAAGAACAUCCGCGUCAACUGCAUUAACCCGAGGCGCAAUCGAUACGCCGAUGAUGCAGGCGCCACCGGGUUCCAAUCCUUCCGACGAACCAGUAAUUGUCCCACCGAUUGCCCGGAUGGGCCAGCCGGAAGAGGUAGCGUCUUUGGUUGGCUUUCUCCUGGGAGAUGA